CCAGAGGGCUUUGCGGCCUGGCUCCCUUGAGGCGCGCUCCGUCAUGGCGGGUGUGCUGAAGAAGACCACUGGCCUGGUGGGCUUGGCUGUGUGCGACACUCCGCACGAUAGGCUAACAAUAUUGUACACAAAGAUUCUUGAUGUCCUCGAACUACUCCCUAAAAAUGUAGCAUACAGAAAAUACACAGAACAGAUUACAAAUGAGAGACUCAAUAUGGUUAAAGCCGAACCAGAUGUUAACAAAUUAGAAGACAAACUUCAGGGAGGCCAACUAGAAGAGGUUAUUCUUCAGGCUGAAAAGGAGCUAAGUCUGGCAAGAAAAAUGUUAGACUGGAAACCAUGGGAGCCAUUAGUGGAAGAGCCUCCUGCCAACCAGUGGAAAUGGCCAAUAUAAGCAUCGUUAAAAACCUUUGAUGGGCUAAUGGGAAACUAAUGUAAUUAAAUGUUCUGUUAAAUUAAAAA